CACACACAGCAUGACAUGACUUCAUUGGAAUUUCCUUCCAGGGGUUUUACUUUGGGUAAUAUGAAUCCGUGAAAGCCUGUCCUUCAAUAUUCUUUGCUGGACUUCACUCACCAUGAAGUCAAAAGCUCAGAAUGACUUCAGUGAUGAGACGUUCGACAGUAAAUGGGAUUAUGCAAAGGACAUUGUCAACAGACAGAAAGUGUCCGGCACAACAUCAGAUUACCACAACUACGACUUUCACGGGAUAAAGGGAAAGACUCAGACCCACAGGCUUUUGGUUUUAAGGAAUGACAUAGAAGUCGUUCGGUUCGAGAGUACUGCUCCUCAGUACAUUCCACUAUCUGACGAGUUCUGGAGGACAUUAGCCAAACUCCCAUCUGUCUACGACUACUCCGCCUACAGGAAGGUUUUGGAGAGGUUUGGAACGCACUACCUGUCUGAGGGAAGCCUCGGGGGAUCCUUCAGAGUCCACGCCAAGAUUGAUGAAGAAACUCAAAGACAAAUGGCUAAUGAAAGACUGGAUUAUAAUGAAUGUGAAAGGUCCAGACGUUGGCUUCAUAUAUUCCCCAUCACCCAUGUGGAUUGCAGGUCUGGUCAACAUCAACAAACAUCAUCCAGAGUUAACAUCAGGAGCAAUGUAAUGAGUAAAGUGGAAGUGGAGGGAGGAGGCAUCGAACAUGUCGCAGCACUGACGACCAUGCAGCUCAAUGAUCCAGACAAGAACUGGGAGAUGUACUCAAACUGGUCUGAGUCUGUCAGCUCAUUUCCAAAGGUCAUCAAACAAAAGCUGCAGCCACUGUGGGAGCUGGUGAAGGAGGUGCAGUGUGCCGGGGUGAAGAGGCUCCACCUCCGCAGAGCCACAGAGCAGUAUCUCGCCGAGAGUGACGCCUGCCACUGCCGGCCCUGUUGCAACAGCGGCAUCGCUGUCGUGGAAGGAAACGAAUGCAAAUGCAUCUGUAAGCCUGGAACAUUGGGGCUGGCCUGUGAGCAGGGAGCUGAGGUGGACGGUCAGCAGGGAGUGAUCGAUGGAAGUUGGUCCUGCUGGUCAGCCUGGACAUCGAGCUCUCAGGGUCGAAGGUCGCGGAGUCGCUCCUGCUCGAAUCCCGCUCCUCAGAACGGAGGACAACACUGCAUCGGAGAGUCAAUGGAGACGUCUGAGGAUGAAGACCCACAGCUGCAAUACUUAAAAACCGUUGAGCCUCAGUGCUUCGACCAAACUCUCCCAGCGCCUCUGAGGUGUGGGACCCCGCCUGCUCUGAUAAAUGGCUAUAUACUGGACCCUAAGGAUGUUUACCUUGUGGGCAGUAGGGUUGAGUACACCUGCACUCUGCGUUUCUAUCACAUUGGUAACCCCAUAGAAUGCACCGCAGAUCAAACCUGGUCCGCCGAACCUGGACUGUGCUCAGUCAGCAGGUGCAGGAUUGGGUCCCUUGCUGAUGGUGUCAUAGCCUCGCCUUUAAAGCAGGUCUUUGGCAGAGGGCAGUCAGUCACCUUGUCCUGUCCAGAGGGUCGACAACUAAUAGGAGAAGCAACGGUCGAGUGUGACCCCGUAUAUAAUUUUGAACCAAACCCAAGAGAUGCUAAAUGCAGCCCAGCCAGUGGACAACAGCCAAGCUUGGCUCCCUUGGGCCACUGUCAAGAGUGGGAGAGGUUUUCCGGAGGAAGAUGUGUUUGUAAAAUGUCUCAUGAGUGCAAGUCUUCUUUGGAGUUGUGUGCCGACACUCAUGCGAUGAGCAGAAAACCCAACGUUGUGAGUGUGUGCGAAAUGCAAGCGCUGCAGUGUGCGGGGAAGAAGGUCACGCUGGCAGAAGACAGCACCUGCAUGUGGCCGCAGCGCAACACAACAGGCUGCACCAACUGUCACAUGUGGGAGACCUGUGGAGAUCAAACCAACGAGUGUCGCUGCAGGGACUCUGCAGAUUGCCCGACCCCGGGAUCAGGUGUGUGUGUGCGUGUCGGGGACGAUGCAGCUGCGGCCGCUCAGACCAUGAGCGAGUGUGAGGCAGGACUGCGCAGAUGUAAAGGAGAGAAGGUGUCGGUUGUCAGUAUCCUGCCCUGCACUUCCUGAGGCUGCAGGAGGGGGGUUGACGUCACCACCUCUCAUCAGCAUCUGCCUUUAAACGUGAUUCAUCAGUUGUGCAUUCCUUAUAUUUGUCAACUGAAUUAAUAGUGUCACUUCUAGAGGGGCCUUGUUUAACAAUACAACACAAUACCCCUGUAUUAAUCACUGAGGCCAUUUGGUUAGGGGAAAUAAGACACAGACUGACACUGACAAACAUCCACUGAAACACUAGAAUGUAACUUUUCAGUUGUGUUGAGCUAAAAGUGCAUUUCUCUAAAAACAAAUAAAUAAUAAGACACCAGC